AUACUAUUUCGCUUUUAAUGCACACGUUCACUUGCAAAAUUGAAAUGGUCUUACGAAAAUCAUAUCGCAAAAUUUUAUUAUAAAGCAAUUCUACCUUUAUAAACAUCGUUCUAAUUUUUAGGGCGGGUAAAGAAAUGAUCAUAUAAUGUUGUUGAGUAUAAAAUUACUGUGUUUAUUAGAUAUUUUGGUUAUAGUAAUAAGUUUUAAUAUAGAGAAGAUCGCUGGAAGUAACGAAAACGUUGAAGAUGACGAAGCUAGUAUCAAGCAAGCUUUGUUUUUAAUAAAACUGCUUAAAUCAGAUUUUGGGAAAAUUUUGCGGACGACCGGUAUCGGCCAAGAUGAAGUUACCCCAAAUUAUAUCGACGAUGCUAACAGUACGUGUGGCCUGCGCUCCGACGAUAGCAACUCCACGACCGCCACUAGCACGCCGCCAGUCAGCGCUCCAGUAAUGGGAUUCAACCGACGAAUGAUGCCUGCAUUUGAAAAUAGUCGAAGACAAGGCGGAAUCUUAAAUAAAACAAAAACUGUAACACGAAACGAAACAAAAAAUGAUCAAGUCAAAUCAAAAAAUGGCAAGAACUUUAAUAAUACAAGUGAAACAAGACACGACCCAAAAAAUGGCAAACACUUAAAUGAUGUUACAACUGAAACACGCCACGAAGCAAAAAGCGAUAAAGUUAAAUCAAAAAAUGGCAAAAUCUUAAAUAGCACAUCAACUGAAACAAGACUCAAAGCAAAAAAUAAUCCAGUCAAAUCAAAAAAUAGCAAAAACUUAAAUAACACAGCAACUGAAACACAAACCGAAUCAAAAACAUAUCAAGUCAAAUCAAAAAAUGGCGAGGAAGCAAAAAAUGUUCCAGAAGACAUAAAAUACAAUCAAGUCGAAUCAAGAAGUUAUUUAAGAGCAGGAGCAACUGAUCCGCCAGAUCUAACAAAAAGUAAAGGAAUAACUAACAAAGAAAGCUCGCAACUUAGGUCUGAAAAACAAACUACAAAUAUGUUUCGAUCUUCCUUGAAAAUAUUUUUACCACAUAGCUCUAGGCUUCCUAUACCUCUCUCAGAAAACAACGCAUUUUGUCAUUUUUACCCGACUAACCCUAUAUGUUAAAUAAAUGUUAUUUUCAGUU